AGGCCGGAUAACACCAAGUGCCUGACGCAUAUGGACAAACGUCUGUUGGUCUUGAUCAUCGUCAUGCUGAUUUUGAGCCCUUUUCUAGCCUUCACCUUUUCCUAUGGUGAAACGGGGAUCUGGGACUUCGGCAAGCCUCAUGUAGAACGUGCACAUAAGCAGCUGAACAAAACGAACAAGGGCUUUAAGAAUGAGAAUGCAACUCACAAAGUACACAGGGUUGUCGAUGUUCACUGA